GCAAGGGAAAUUUUUUUCCCCAACAAACAAAUAACACAAGCCUUUUAUUUGCAAACAGGCUUGUAGGCUGUGGUAUGCAGGAAGGGACUGGCCUGAGCUCCCCAGCCCUCCCUUAUGACUACUGAAGCAAGGAAGCUGCAAGCCACUUUGCUGAAGGUUCCCAGGACAUGUCUGCAAGCUUCUAGAGACUUAGUGGUGUCCUUCCCCAUGCCCGGUGCUUCUGCUGCUGCCAGGCUCUGCACUUCCUGCAUGCUGGCAGAGGGGAAAGCAGGAAAUUGCCAGCCCAAGUGACAUGAAGGAGGCAAAAGUUUGGGGAGGUCCUGUGUCCUGGAAGUAGGAUCCCUUUGCCUUUUGCCUGGAGCUGCUCUUUUAGCAACCAGUUCGAUUGAUCACACUGGGGAACACGACUGGAUCGAAGCUGUUGCAUGGGGAUUUGCUGACUACUGUCCUGCCAUGGGAGGCUGCAUGGGAAGACCGAGGGCUGACAACCAGAGAUCCCAGUCCAGGGCCUCCACAAACACUCGCAAGAGAGCAGGUCGCAAUGAGCCCCUUAAGAAAGAGCUCCCGAGGUGGAAGAGCGACUACCCGAUGACGGAAGGCCAGCUGCACAGUAAGCGGGAUGAGUUUUGGGACACCGCACCGGCGUUUGAGGGACGUAAGGAAAUCUGGGACGCGCUAAAAGCUGCAGCCUACGCGGCGGAAGCUAACAAUCACGAAUUGGCGCAGGCGAUCGUAGAUGGAGCAAGUAUUACUUUACCUCACGGUUCUCUAACAGAAUGCUACGAUGAACUUGGAACCCGGUACCAGCUCCCGGUGUACUGCCUGGCUCCUCCCGUUAACCUCAUCAUGGAAAGAAGUGAUGAAGACGGUACAGAUGCCCCCGAACCAGCCCCCAAAAACAGACGGGAAUUCCAGCUCAAGGUCCGUCUUUCCACUGGAAAAGACGUUAAACUUAACGCAAGUAUGACGGACACUAUCGGCCAACUGAAGAAGCAGCUGCAUUCCGUGGAGGGUAUCGAAACUUGUUGGCAGCGAUGGUUCUUCUCUGGGAAACUCCUCACGGACAGGAUGAAACUGCAGGAGACUAAAAUUCAGAAGGACUUUGUCAUACAAGUUAUUGUCAACCAACCAGCGGAGAUCCAGAACUGAACCAGCGCGUUUCAAACCUACUCGAUCUGAAUGUCUGAGAUACUGAGACUCUUGGGAGGCAACGAAAGGCUGGCUGCUAGGUCCUUCUCUCCUUUCUCGUCCUCCUUUUCUCGAUCAUGACUGGUCUGCUUGAGACGCAAUGGGAUUAAGAGGGAGAGGUGACCCAGCCCCCCCCCCCCCCCCGUCCCUCAAACCCAUAACCAAAAUGCUGCACUAUAUCGGUUUUGAUUGCACACGAGGUCCACCUCCUACAAGAUGACGUUGGACGCAUGCUUGCAACCAUUGACCUACUCUCUAAAUUGGCACAGGACAAUGGGGUGGAUAUUUUUGUGUGUAGUAACCUGGAUGGUCAGUAGAUCAGCAAUACUGCAACAAAUAGCAUAGGUUGAUUUUAUUCAAAAAAUUUUAAGAAAAUUUGUUGGCAUUUCUAUAAAAAAAUAAAAAUAAAUCGCCAUUAAAUCCGGUCCCUUGAGAGGUCCUAGUCUGUGGAGGUGUUACGGCCCUAGACAUGCGCUGUCAUCCAGCGGACCUAGACUCCUGAAGGAUAGAUUUGGCUUUGGCAGCUGCUCUGGGGUCAGUAAUAGGGGCUGAUCUGGUGUUGAUCCAACUGUCCCCAGCAAAAUUAUAGAAUCAUUUUUUAAUCAACAUCUCGACCAAACAGGAGAACUCUGGUGAUUUUUUUUCUUUUUUUUUUUUCUUUUUAAUAUAGCGUGAAAUGCUCAUGAAAAUGUUUGGGCGUAUUUUUUUCAUUUGUAGUUGCCAAGCAUCUACUGGGUUUUAUUUGGAACAAUGGGACAAUCUGUGUGACCUUGCCAUGUGUAGCCCCUCUAAAUACCACUCCUAACCCAAGCGUGUAACAGCAGUUUACAAGAAUGUUGGGGCUCAGUCCAUAGGUAACUUUUUUUUAUUUUAGUUGUUUUAAAUUUUUUAUUUUGUAUUGAUCUCGUUCCGCCAUCUUUUGUGAGAUUUACGCCCAUAGACAACGAAUGUUUCAAUGAAUAUGUUGUGCCUAAUUAAUAAAAACUGUACUGUUUGUAUUUAAA